AUGCGGAGUGAAAGCGGAUGCCGCCGGACCCGGAAGUCAGGCUCUUGUUUCAGUCUUCCCGCGACUCUCUGGUGCGGGUUCUUGUAUCUCUUGUGUGUGGAAGCUCCCAGCGGGAAAAUGCCGACCCGGCUGAAAGCAAAGUCAGAGGGGAAGCUUGCAAAACAGAUUUGCAAAGUUGUGUUGGAUCAUUUUGAAAAACAGUAUUCCAAAGAACUUGGAGAUGCCUGGAGUACAGUCAGAGAAAUGCUAACAUCUCCAUCAUGCUGGCAAUAUGCUGUCCUGCUUAACCGAUUCAGUUACUCCUCCGACCUGGAAGAGGAUUUGCACACGAAGGGCUAUCGCACCCUCUUCCAAGGAUCUUACUCUCCCACGCCCAUGAAGUGUUACCGUAGCAGAACUCCGGGCCGAAUGCCUGCACAGAGACACCAGAGUGGAAGUCUGAAAAAAUACUAUCUCCUCAAUGCUGCUUCUCUUCUCCCAGUCCUGGCUCUGGAAGUAAAGGAUGGGGAGAAGGUUCUGGACCUGUGUGCUGCUCCUGGAGGCAAAUCGGUGGCUCUGCUGCAGUGUGCUCUUCCAGGUUAUCUUCAUUGUAAUGAAUACGAUGGUCUGAGAUUGAGGUGGCUGAGGCAGACACUAGAAUCUUUCAUCCCACAGCCUUUGAUAAAUGUAAUUAAAGUGUCUGAAUUGGAUGGCAGAGAAAUGGGAGAUGCCCAGCCUGAAACAUUUGACAAGGUAUUGGUGGAUGCUCCCUGUUCAAAUGAUCGAAGUUGGUUGUUCUCUUCUGAUUCUCAGAAGGCGGCCUGGAGGAUAAGUCAGAGGAAAAAUUUGCCUGUUCUGCAGGUAGAACUCUUAAG